AUGGGUUCACGCGACUUUUGGCCGACCAAUAUAAUCCCAACAACAAUGUGGAUGAGAGAAUUCAUCCUCGCCAUUCUGUUCGCAGCAGCAACGGCAGAGUCGUAUCCAAGGGAGUUAACAAUAGAAGAAGACAGGAACGGAAAAUGGUAUUGGAUAUGUACAAGGGAAAAACCUGGGGGCAUAAAAAAAUGCAGAGAUCCUGAGAGAUGGUGCAUUUCCUGCGAAACGAUGAAGGAUGAACGCUGGAAGAAAUAUUGCGUUUUGUGUGAGAUUCCCGAAAGAUACUGGGAAAAGUGA